AUGACUGCGCUGUUGAGCUCAGAGAUAAGAGGUAAGGUCCUUACCUUGCCAUCACUGAGUCACAAAUUUGACUCCAUUCAAACAGCCAGCAGUGACCUAGGUCCCAAACCUAUAGUUCCUCCUAAGGCUCCAUCUGGAAAAUCCAUGAUAACUUCAGCCAGUGACUUCCAGAAAAUCCUGUCUGCUGCAAGGGGCCGGACUGAUAAGGGACGUGAGGAGCACAAGAUGGCAGGACAGGCCUCAAGAGGUGAGAAGGAUAUGCUUGUUCUGGUAGCAGAGGCAAAAAAGGAUGAGGCAGAAUUCGAGAGGAUGAGAAAGGUGCAGAAGGAGAUAGUUGAGAAGCAGCGGCGCCAUAUAAUGGAGAGAACUUCUCAAGUGAAGAAAUAA